AUGAUAGACGAACGGCGAGAUGUUGUCAUCACACCCCAGCGAGGGAGUGAUGGUGGCGAGCCAUUGGAUUCAAGCGAGGCUGAUAACUCGAGAACUACACAGGCGUCGUUGGUGUUGCAUCCCCAGUCAUCCGACUUUGACUUCUUUUCGCGGUUCCGUAACCCUCUACUGGCCGCUGGGUUUGCUCUGCUCCUGAGUCCUUUGGCAUUCUUGAGGCCGGGCCAGACCCCCGAUAGACCCGAGUUGAUUGACGGUCAUAACGAUUUGCCCUGGCAGCUGCGCAUCGAGCUGAAAAACCGCAUAUAUAACGCCAAUGUCGAUUUUACGAGGCUGCUCGGACAUACGGACAUACAUCGGAUGAGACAAGGGAUAGUUGGCGGCCAGUUCUGGAGUGUAUACGUGGAUUGCGAUGUGCAACAGCAGCAUUUUGAGGAUGCUUCAUGGGUCGUGCGAGAUACGUUGGAACAGAUUGAUGUGAUAAGGAGGUUCAUUGAUGAAUACCCGCAGCAUCUUCAGUUCAAGGAUCUCUGUAAUCAUACGAUCACAUUAUAUUUCGCUUUUGCACACUAG